AUGCGGAGCCCGGAGCUGCACGGCGAGGAGAAAUUGCUGCAGGUGUUGCGCCCGGUUGGCACGCGCUUUGGGACGCAGUUCAUCGCAGUGACUCGCCUUCGCGCCAUUCGCCCCCAGCUCACGGCGAUGAUAACGCAAAAGGACUGGGUGGAGAAGGGGGGGAACACCCUGACAGGGGAGGACUUCGAAGGGUGGGUGAUGGACUCUGCGUGGUGGAAGCAGGUGGACUUCUUUGUGCAUGUGAUGGAGGUGUUCUACAACGUCAUGCGGAGGACGGAUUCAGUGAAGAAGGGGCUGAUGGGCCAGAUUUACGACAUCAUGCUGCAGCAGACGGAGGAGUUGGAUACGCUUGGAUGGGAAGGAGUGCAAGCUGAGCAGGGCCGGAUCUUAAACCCGGCCAACCAGGAGGAGGGGAUCUUUCUGGCGGAAGUGGAGUGUACCAAGGAGAAAGAAGGGGAGGAGGAGGAGGAGGAGGAGGAGGAGGAGGAGGAGGAGGAGGAGGAGGAGGAGGAGGAGGAGGAGGAGGAGGAGGAGGAGGACGACGACGACGACGACAACGACGAGGACGACGAGGACGACGAGGACGAGGAGGACGAGGACGAGGACGACGAGGAGGAGGAGAGCUAG